CCUCGUGUCUAGCAUGUGUUCAGUACGGUCUCCGUUUGCCUUAUAAGAAGCACCCGCAUUCAACCAGCAAUCAUGAAGAUGAGCAAAGUGGGAAACCAAACUAACUCUCAAGAUCCUCAGGCCGUGAACUCGCGGGUUUUCGUGGGAAACCUUAACACGUUUCAAUGCAGCAAAACGGACGUAGAAAGGAUGUUUCAAAGAUACGGUCGCCUAGUGGGUAUAUCGAUGCACAAAGGAUUCGCAUUUGUUCAGUUCACUAAUCCCUUUGAUGCUCGGAGUGCAUGUGUUGGCGAAGACGCUCGUACAGUUUUGGGACAGACUCUUGACGUUAACCUAGUGGCCGAACCGAAAGCACAUCAAACCGGUAGGAAAAGGCAAAACUUGUCAAAAACCGGAAACGACUGGGAAUACUAUUACAACAGUUAUUACGCAUCAUCCACGGCCAACAACAACGGCAACGGCGGUAACGGAUCGAAAUCUUCAAAACGCCAGAAGAUCAAUCAUCAGUUUACUGCUGCCAACGCCGUAGCCAAGGGCCGAAACGUGAACAGCGGUUGCGGGAUUCAACAGCAGAAUACCGCGCACUCGCCCGCCAUUGUCCCUGACCAACUGAAACUCUACAGUAACCCAGACAUUUUAAUUUGUGGAAAUUGCCGUGAAAUGUUCACUGAACUCCAGGGAAUGUUGGAUCACAAGAAAGAAUACUGUAAGCUUCGGUUCGCGUGCAAAUGCAUUAACUCUACCAGGUCUAACGUCAACAACAACAACAACAACAACAACAAUAACAAGUGGCCGGCAAAUUUGAACGAGGGCUUCGUGUCUCUGGUGUGUGUCCAAUGCAAAGAAUCCUUUGACAACGCAUGGGAUCUAAUGGUACACGCUCAGGCCACACAUAUGAUGAACGUCUACCAGUUGGCCACUAGAGACCGAGUGACGUUGUCACCGGUUGGUACAGAGUCGGAAAACGGAUCGAUGUGUUCGGUUGGCGCUCAAGUGAAUAUCGACGAAGAUGGCAAUGGAUCGGCAGACGAAUCGCUCAGCGGCCGGCAGGAAUACGAAUCAGCCGACAACAACACGACUCAGGAAUAUUCUUCGCCUUCGAUACAUUUUUGUGAACCCGACAAAGUGUUACCUGAAACCCAAAGCCCAUCAGCAGUCAAUUCCUGUCAAACUUGUCUCGUCCAACAACCGCUACAAGCGCUCAUGGGUGUGCGCUAGUAAAACGUUCAAAUAUAUUAUCAACCGUGCAUGUGGAAUUUAUACUAAAAUUUAGCCACAAGAUACACUGUAAACCCACAGUUAAAACGCUAGUCCUCUUUGUUUCCAGAUUAUUUUUACAAUACAACACCACUGAACCAUUCACUGCUAUACCUAUGUUUAUGGUUCAACGAAUACUCUAUACAGAUAAAUAUAAACAAUAUUUGUGUUGAUUUUGAUUUUCAAAUUUUUCGACUCGAUUCUUUUAACAAAUCUUCCGAGAACUUCUAACUUAUAUUGAAAAAUAAUUUAAAUUUAAAAAAAAUAUAUAUUAUUAAACUAUAUUCGAUACAUACAUUUAUUUGCAUACAAUAUGCCUACUAAUAUAAUAUAUAGUUUUAAUUAUAACUUUUGCAAUGCACCAUAAUUUUAUGUUAUAUAUAAAAUAUAUUAUUCACAUUUAACAAAUUGCACCCAGGCGAGACGCACUAUAGGUUUAAUAAAAAAUGUUAAUAAAUAUUAUGGUUUUUUGGUAGGUAUUCACAGUUCACUCGAUUAUCAUUAACAAUUUUGUAAUAAGUUAGUUAUUUUUUUAACUGUUAAGCAAUACAUAUCAUUACGAUUAAAUACAAACAAAUAAUUACGAGGCUAUUAUAUUGUGUACGAAGUGUCCAUAAUCAAUCAUCACUUUUCUCCAAUGUAUUCAAAUUAUUAAUCUUAAACAUUAAACAUUAUAAUCAAAAUAUUUUUAUUAAAUCAACAUUGCAUUCAAUAGACUAACCCGUGUUGUAAUAAUUUGAUCGUUUAAACAAUAUAUACUCUUAACCCAUAGAGAUCUCGUGGACCAUAAAAUGUAUUAAUAUGCCUGCGUACACAUUAUUUACUUAUAUAUUUAAGUGAAUUUACAAAUAUGCCAUCUAGAGAAAAUAUUAAAGCUUGUAAAUGUUACUAAAACUAGUUUAUGUUUGAAUAAAAAGCUAUUUAAUUACAUAA